AUGGGGGAUGUGUGUGACUCCAACCCAUGUAAAAAUGGUGGCAUCUGUUUGUCCGGGUUGGCUGAUGAUUUUUAUACUUGCGAAUGUCCUGAAGGCUUCACAGACCUCAAUUGUUCUAGUGUUGUGGAGGUUGCUUCAGAUGAAGAGGAACCAACUUCCACAGGACCCUGCCUUCCUAAUCCCUGUCAUAAUGGCGGCACAUGUGAAAUUAGCGAAGCAUAUCGAGGCGACACAUUCAUUGGAUAUGUUUGUAAAUGUCCAGAAGGAUUUAAUGGGAUUCACUGCCAGCACAAUGUAAAUGAAUGUGAAGCUGAACCCUGUAAGAACGGUGGAAUUUGUACAGAUCUUGUUGCCAAUUAUUCCUGUGAGUGUCCUGGUGAAUUUAUGGGAAGAAACUGCCAAUACAGAUGUUCUGGCCCACUGGGAAUAGAAGGAGGAAUUGUAUCAAACCAACAAAUUACUGCAUCAUCCACACAUCGAGCUCUUUUUGGGCUCCAGAAGUGGUAUCCAUACUAUGCAAGACUUAAUAAGAAGGGUCUUGUGAAUGCUUGGACUGCUGCAGAAAAUGACAGAUGGCCAUGGAUCCAGAUAAACCUGCAAAGGAAGAUGAGAGUCACUGGAGUUAUAACCCAAGGUGCUAAGAGGAUUGGAAGCCCAGAAUAUAUAAAAUCUUACAAAAUUGCAUAUAGUAACGAUGGGAAAUCAUGGAUGACUUACAAAGUAAAAGGCACCAAUGAAGAUAUGGUGUUCCGUGGAAAUGUGGACAACAAUACCCCCUAUGCCAACUCUUUCACACCUCCAAUCAAAUCACAGUACAUACGACUGUAUCCCCAGGUUUGCAGAAGACACUGUACUUUAAGAAUGGAACUUCUUGGCUGUGAAUUAUCAGGUUGCUCUGAACCUCUUGGGAUGAAAUCAGGACAUAUACAGGACUUUCAGAUUUCGGCUUCUAGUAUCUUCAGAACACUCAAUAUGGACAUGUUCACUUGGGAACCUAGAAAAGCUCGAUUAGACAAGCAAGGCAAAGUGAAUGCCUGGACUUCAGGUCAUAAUGAUCAGUCACAGUGGUUACAGGUUGACCUCCUUGUUCCUACAAAAGUGACUGGCAUAAUUACACAAGGAGCUAAAGAUUUUGGUCAUGUACAGUUUGUGGGUUCUUAUAAACUUGCGUACAGUAAUGAUGGGGAUCACUGGACCAUAUACCAAGAUGAAAAACAAAAAAAGGAUAAGGUUUUCCAGGGAAAUUUUGACAAUGACACACACAGAAAGAAUGUGAUUGACCCUCCAAUCUAUGCACGGCACAUAAGGAUUCUCCCUUGGUCAUGGUAUGGUAGGAUCACUUUACGGUCAGAGCUGUUGGGCUGCACAGAAGAGAACUGAAAAGGAUCUUCGUUGACAACACACCUCCAUAUUCUUAAAAGUAUCUCCGUAGAAGAAACUGUGCAAAACCUGUAUGAAGUUGAAUGGGUUUUUUCAUGAACAAGUGCUCACUUUAUGGUAGGCCGCUAACUGUCUUUUGUAAGGAGGUCUAAGCCUGCCCUUUAAAUGAUCCAAUCCAAUUUUGUCCUUUAAAUCCGUUACAGUAUUGUCCCUUUUGCUGUGGAAUUACCUUUCUAGUUUUCUUCUAAGUUGUUCACGCUGGUUGAAAUGUGUUAGGAAAGAACAGCAGCAUCCAUUUUACAAGGAAGGAGAAUCAGCAUGACAAAGCUCAUUUGCAGCUUUAGAAAAAUUGGGCUGACACACUUUGCAAAUCACACUCAUCUUACUUGUAAAAAGUACUGCAGCUUUUAGCAAUAAGUUUUCUCUGGGAUGACUGCAUUAUGUUGUUUCCCUUGUGCCUAUCAAACACCGUCAAUAUUUCUGACACAUUUUGAAGAUACUCUGUGGUGCAAAGCACUUGUGAUAUUACACAUCAUCUUUCAUUAUAUUUAUUUAAACUGCAGAGUUCUUGCAAAUAAGAAUCACUUCCACCCAGUUUUACUUUGUUCUUACUUUGUUAUGCAUGUGAUGGCCAUAGCUUCUGUUUUCUAUAUUUAAUCUCAUUGUUAACAAAGUUUUCUUUAAAAGAGGUGUCCUAUUUGUAUAUGGAACAAAAUCUGCUAUCAGUAUAUUAUGAAGUUAAUGACUGUGUCAAAUCAAACUGUAUGAAUUUAGUUUGCAACUAUAUUUGUCACAGAGGCUGAUCAUACACACUGUAAAUCCAGUUUGACUUAAAUUCUUUUUGAGUGGUUACAGGCACAUCUUUAUGCUGCAAAAACAGCAUUAAUAUGACCACAUAUUCAGCCUUGCCCAGAAGUGGACAUACAGUCCUCACAGACCUGCCCACAAGAUUACUUUUGCCUGAUGCCUUCAUAGUCUCCAGGAGGGAAGGUGCAUGUGGGGUCAGAUAGUAGGUGCUAAAGCAUAUAAAUUACACCCUCCAACCCCAGACACACACAUCCCAAUAGGCCCCAUCUGUGUUGCAGGCCAUAAAGUUCCAACAGAAGGUGAACUCAACAGGAGCCAAAGUGUGCAAAUGCAGGCCCCUUAAGAUCCUGCCUUGAUUAUAACUUUUUAGGUACGUAUCUAUUGAGCAAUAUGAGGCUUGAAUUUGGCCCUGUUUCUUGACUUGUAGACUAUUAACAGAUUAACUUCCUUUUUAGCCCCUCCAAACACACUACCUUGUUUUAACAACAUACAAACCAGAUAGUAUCAAUUCUAAGGCAGGAAUAUAAGGGCAAAAGUGAUUAAUAGCUUCAU